CCUAAAAUAUGCACUUAUAAAUGACAAACACGAUACUUUUUCAAGCUCAGUAUUUGAUAGGAUCCAAGGGAUGAUACACAACAAAAAAUCAAUAUAAUCAUUCCGAGUAGUAUUUUAUUGCAUCGUAUUAUUUCCUAUAGAAGGUGCCUUUUCAAUCGAUUCAGGAUGAAAUUCCUUCUAAUCACUGCAAUUAUUGUGCAGAUUGUAUUUCAAUUUGGAAUGUCAGACAAAGUCGUUCCACGACGGGAUGAGCAUUACCCACCCCCGGAGUUGUUGAGAGCUUUGAGGCCAAUUCACGAUAUUUGUGUGGAGAAAACGGGCGUCACAGAAGAAGCAAUCAAGGAAUUCAGCGAUGGAGAAAUUCAUGAAGAUGAAAAAUUGAAAUGUUACAUGAAUUGUGUCUUCCACGAGGCUGAGGUUGUCAACGACAACGGUGAAGUCCAUCUUGAGAAGCUUCAUGAUAAGCUUCCAGCAUCAAUGCACGAUAUUGCCCUUCACAUGGGCAAGAGGUGCCUCUACCCCGAAGGCGAGACUCUGUGCGAUAAGGCAUUCUGGCUCAACAAGUGCUGGAAAACUUCCGACCCAAAACAUUACUUCUUGAUUUAGAUAUACAUACAUAUAUGUAUAUAUUAUGUGCACAUAAUAGCAGAAAUGAAAAUCAUGGGGACAUUUCUUCAACAUUCCUGGGAUCUUGCCAAGAGGAUUCUAGGAGUAUUAUAUUUAAUAAAAAAUAUGACAUGCACUAGUUUUGUGACUAACCCUGUCUUGCAGAGGAAGACGUCAAAAAAAGGCAAAAUUUUGUGAUUAAAACUGUGAAAAGUAGAAAAUAAAUCAGUAUGGCAUUGAGGGAUGAA